ACUGGCUGCAGCUGAGCCAGAAGAGAAGAUAUCCCGGGCAUAGGCUACCAUUUCUCUUUUUAUCAUUCUGUUCCUCCACUUCGAUCCGAGUUUGACAACGAGACAAAACGGAGAUAAACGAGGAAGACGAGAAACAACCCUCUCUCACCUCUGCCAUAAUGAUGUCCAUGAAUAGCAAACAACCUUUUAGUAUGCAUCCGAUUUUACACGAGCCUAAAUACACACCUUUACAUUCCAGUUCGGAGGCCAUCCGGCGAGCAUGUCUGCCAACACCCUCGCUCCAGGGCAAUAUAUUUGCCGGCUUUGAUGAGACACUGCUCCAGAGAGCUGAAGCGCUAGCGGCCGUGGACAUCGUCGCCCAAAAGAGCCAUCCUUUCAAACCAGAUGCCACUUACCACACCAUGACCACUAUGACGAGCAUGACCUGCACCCCCACGUCCUCCUCCGGGCACCUUCAUCACCCGUCCGUGUUGACCUCUCACCACCAUCAUCAUUCCCACCACCAGCCGACACAAGGCCUGGAGGGCGACCUGCUCGACCACCUUACCCCCGGUAUCUCACUCGGAGGCAUGCCGGGCUCCGACGUUUGCUCCACCGCAUCCCACCCGCACGCGCAUAUGUCCGCAAUUAACCACAUGCAGCAUCACCACCCACAAAGUAUGAACAUGCACCCGCACAGUCUGGCCUCUCACACCUCACUCUGCGGUGGAGAUUCCGAGCCCGAUCCGAGGGAGCUGGAGUCCUUCGCCGAGCGCUUCAAGCAGAGGCGGAUCAAACUCGGGGUCACACAGGCGGACGUUGGCUCGGCUUUAGCCAAUCUUAAAAUCCCCGGGGUGGGAUGCCUGAGUCAGAGUACUAUAUGUCGAUUUGAGUCCCUCACGUUGUCUCACAAUAACAUGGUUGCCCUUAAACCCAUCCUGGAAGCGUGGUUAGAGGAGGCGGAGAGGGCGCAAAGGGAGAAGAUGACCAAGCCGGAGAUUUUCAACGGUGGGGACAAGAAAAGAAAACGCACUUCAAUCGCCGCACCGGAGAAGCGCUCGCUCGAGGCUUACUUUGCCGUCCAGCCCAGGCCGUCUUCGGAGAAAAUAGCUGCUAUAGCAGAGAAACUGGACCUGAAAAAAAACGUGGUCCGGGUGUGGUUUUGCAAUCAAAGGCAAAAGCAGAAAAGGAUGAAGUUUUCUGCGACGCACUAGGCCACUGUAUCUAAACAAACUCAACCAUUAGACAUAAAAUAUGAACAGACAGACACAUCCGUGAAACUCUUCGAGGCCGAGACAAAGCUCCACAGGAACUGGGCGUGAAAAUCAAGGAGCCCGAAAGUGUCCUAAAAGUUUGUCAUGAGAACAUAUCUAGAACAAGAGUGAAAUGUGAAUGCGUGACAACAAACGUUUUGGAAAACCGAGGACGAAAGGGAAAAGAUUUACUAAUUAUUGUACAAAACGAGAAUUGAAUAAUGAUUAUUCUCUUAACUGAAAAUAACUCUUUUAUAUUCAUCCAUGUACAUAUAUGUGAAUACACCGCACCUCUUUGUUUGAAGAACGCAUCGAAAUUCUCUUUUUUAAGGAUGAAAAGAUAAAAAACGCUGUUGUGCAAACAUUCCCAUUCUAGAAACCUUGGUGUUAUUCUGUAUGCUUCAGAAGAAAAUCAUGAAGGUUCUGCUGUGAUCCAUUGCAUGGUUUACAAGGCGUUAAGUGUUCAUUUACAGUUUAAAUUUUUCCAUUCAUUUUGAUGUAUUGCAAUAAGUAAGAACACGCACAGGCGAACGCACGUACACACGGACAUACUUAGUAUACUUUUCUGUGUCUACCUCAUGAUUACUGACGUCUUGACACAUUCAUUUUGGAAAUAGGGCAUAUACAAACAGGUUUUAUAGUUUUCAUUUUGACACGUUUUUUUGGUAAAAUUAGAUAGAAAACAUGAAACUGUGUGUUUCUGUAAUUUCACUUCAAUGAUGCUUUGACAAUCAAAUUAUUUAAAAUAAUUAUGUUGUGACUAGCCCCUUAAACGGUAUGUCCACACUUUUAUAUUAUUGUUAUUAAGUAUUCAUUAUUAUUAUUGUUGUUGUUCACCAAGUUUGUAGAUGGGAACAUUUCAUUGCAUACUCAGAGAUUCAUUGCACUUUGUAGAUACGAUUCCGAUUUGGUAUUUGUUUGGCCUAUUUAUAUUUUUAAUGACUUUGUUGAUUUUGUCCUUUAUUUAUUUAUUUGAACCUAAUUUAUUUUAAAUACCACAUGUUUCAUUUGUGAAAGUGUGCUUAACUGUGUCUGUGUACGCGACAGAAAUUUCAAUAAACCAUGCACGUCUUACCUCAGUUACUGCAUUGAGUGGUGUGUGUCUAAUGUGCUU